GUGUAGUCCUGCACUCAACUACAUAAGGAGACCCUGUGUCCCCCCUCGUCUAUUCACCAGGUGGCGCGUCAAUCAUCCACUAGAAAAGAGCCUGGGAUUGUUUGUUGUUGUGAUACAGAACGCGACGGACCCCUUUUCCUUUGCUUACGUUUGUUUGUUUGUUUGUUUGUUUGCGCCAUCAACAGCAUUGAAAGAGCCAGAGGAUACAAUUCGACAGCUGGGAUAAUGGCAAAAGCAACCGCCGACAAGGGCAUCAAGAAGCUCGUCGAGGAGCCCCAUGGCUAUGAGUUUCUCGGACCUCCUGGAGCCUUCCUCAUCUCCUUUGGUCUUCCCGUUCUAGUCUACGUCUUCACAUUUUUGUGCAAUGAUAUUUCUGGAUGCCCGGCACCUGUGCUCCUCCACCCUGAGAGCUUUAGCCUUGAACAGCUAAAGAAGGAGGUCGGAUGGACCGGCUUCUCGGGUCUGCUCAACACACAGGCUCUCCUUGGUACCCUUGGAUACUACUUCCUGAGCUUGGUCCUGUAUCGUUUCCUCCCAGGUGAAGAGUGUGAGGGCACGGAGCUCAGGUCCGGUGGUAGGCUCAAGUACAGGUUCAAUGCCUUCUACUCUGCUCUCUUCAUCAUUACGGUCCUCGGCGCUGGAACUAUCUCCCAAGGUGUCGACUUUCCGGUCUGGACUUUUAUUCACGACAACUACAUUGGCAUUGUCACCAGCAAUAUCCUCAUCUCCUACUUGCUGGCCAUCUACGUCUAUGUUGCUUCUUUCAGCGUCAAGCACCCUAAGGAUCCCUCCAUGCGGGAGCUUGCAGCCGGCGGCCACACUGGCAACAUGCUGUACGACUGGUUCAUCGGACGCGAACUGAACCCACGUAUCAACCUGCCCAUCUUUGGCGAAGUUGACAUCAAGGCAUGGUGCGAACUGCGCCCUGGAAUGCUGGGAUGGGUCAUCAUGGACCUUGCCUUUAUCGUGCAACAAUACCGCAACUUUGGCCGCGUCACCGACUCUAUCAUCCUAGUCACCGUUGCGCAAACUGUCUACACCUUUGAUGCCUUAUAUAUGGAGCCCGCCAUUCUCACUACCAUUGACCUCAUUGCUGAUGGUUUCGGCAUGAUGCUGUCAUUUGGCGACCUUGUCUGGGUUCCCUUUACCUAUUCCCUCCAGACCCGCUAUCUCUCCGUCUACCCCGUCGAACUCGGCCUGAGCGGUGUAGCCGGUGUAUUGGCCGUACAGGGUAUUGGUUACUACAUUUUCCGCGCCGUCAACAACGAGAAGAACCGCUUCAGGACCAACCCCGAAGACCCCCGCGUCAAGCACCUCAAGUACAUCGAGACAGCCGCCGGCUCCAAGCUCCUCGUCAGUGGCUGGUGGGGCAUGGCCCGCCACAUUAACUACCUUGGCGACUGGUUCAUGAGUUGGUCCUAUGUCCUACCCACUGCCGUAUCCGGAUAUGUCAUCAAGAAUGCGGCUCAGGACCCCGUCACCGCUGCCCAGACCGACGCCUACUUUUUCAAGAACAGCUACGGAAAGUACGUUGUACCUGGCGAGGCCAAGGGAUGGGGCAUGAUCUUCACCUACUUCUUCAUGGUCUACUUUGCCAUCCUGCUCAUCCAUCGCGAACGUCGUGAUGAGGAAAAGUGCAAGAAGAAGUACGGAAAGGAUUGGGAUCGCUAUGUGGUGCUUGUUCCCUGGAGGAUCAUCCCCGGUAUCUACUAAGCGAUGUUCAUUCCACUGAGCGGGAUAAUGAGAUACAGGAUGUAGCGCUACCGUUUCCCUUGCGGUUGAAGACGUGCAUUCACUUGGAAUGAUGACAUUUGGAUGUAGCGCUACCGCUUUACUGCGGUCGAAGACGUGCAUCCACCUGGGAUGUAGCGCUACUGCUUCACUUGCAGUUGAAGACGUGCAUCCAUCCACCCGUGAAAAGUUACUGUUUUCACACUUUUUACCUUUAUUACUUGUAAUCUUUUUUACGUUUAGACACGCAUGAUGGAAUGCUACCGCGCAAGCUCGGUUGAAGACAUACAUCUCAUGUAAUUUUUGAAAAGAUUUGAAUAAAGAUAUAUUUUUCAAAUCUACAAAAAACGCACUAUUGGCGUAUCGAACAUUUUGAAC